AUGAAGCUAUUUUCCUCCGUCGCUGCUUUACUUCUCCGUCCAAGAGCUGUAACCUCCCUUGCUCGCAUCCCUACCAGAUUCCACAAAGUGAAUAAGCUUGACGAGGUGAUGAGUCGCAUUUCUUCGGAUUAUCCGAUGCAUCUCGAUACAUUUGACCUGUUGCAGAGAUCGGUUUCAAAACUAUUUCAAGAUCAUGGCUAUGCAAAUGCGGCUUCACUGCAUUGUUUAUGCAUCAAGCUUGGACUCGAAGGAAAAACUCACACUAAGCCAGAGCCAGUUAUGACGAUACCUGAGAUCUUGAAUCAUAUCUCUGGUGCUUGGAUUACUGACGGGUCCAGCUGCUACGGCAAAGAUUAUCCACUGCACAAGAUGAUGCACUUUGUCCAUACCCACUCUCCAAUAGCUCUAGGCCGAAUGCAGCUACUGCUCCAAUCGAUUUCAAAUAUGUUUGGGGACUCUUACGACGCGGGACGUACGCUUCACGGCCUCUGUGUGAAGCUCGGCAUAGAAUCAAAAAUUCACAGGAACCUGAUAACGCUUUAUGGUAGAAUGUCGUUCUUUCAGCCAGAGCACCGUGCAACAAUGCUUCAGAUAUUUCAGCUCAUCAAACCAGAUUACUUCUACAAAGCCCUGAACUCAAUGGUACACGCAUUUGGAUUAUGCUAUCCCAAAGAUGCACUUAGUGCAUUUGCUUGGAUUGUGAAAUUAGGAACACCCACCGAGUCCAACAUAAUUGGCCUUUUGGUGGCUCUUAAGUUUCACUCAGAGAAAGAAACUCAUUUGGUGGGAGUAAAUGUUCUUCUACUCAUGAACCACUACAAGAUCCCAGUAGUGCCAAGGAUAUGGGGAGCUAUAGUGGACAUGUAUGCUUCGAAAGGACUAUUAAGUAGUGCCCGUCACACCCUACUUUGCAUGGGGAAGAUCGAUGACAUUCCCAUAACAUCUUUUUUGAAUGGAUGUGUUCGAUAUGGAGAUAUGGAUGAAGCCACUAAACUUGUUCGUCUUCUUGAGGAGAAAAACGUGGUCUACACACUAAAUGAAGCUUUCUCAAAUCAGCUAAAAUACUUGGGUAUAGGCGUGGACUUUGGACCCAACGUGAAGUUUACAAAGAAGGAAGUUGGUCAUUCGUUUCUUGAUGGGCCGGCUUCAAUUCAUAGUUUGUGA